AUGUUUCCCGUUGAUGAACUCAACCAUCCUGGACAACUCCUAUUGAUAACGGACGAAUUGCCGUCACCUGCCGAUUUCAUCCUCCAUAGGCUUGUCGCGUACCACUUGAAGAAAUCCGGAACAGAGUCGACAUGCAUACUUGUCACGACCUCGGACGAUGCGAGUCGAUGGACACACGUCGGCGCGAAAACUCAUCUUGACGCGAGGUCAUUGGUUAAUAUCGAUUUACUCAGUUACACCAAGCCGAACGCGUCUCUCCGACCCCUAUUCAACGACAUUAAACGUGGUCUCGAAUCACCAUCCGCCGUCGGAAAACCAUCUUUGAUCAUUGUCGAUGACAUCGCGGUCAUGGAAUGGAUUGGGUUCCCUUACGUGGAGAUCGCACGGUUUAUCCGCGCUUUGACUGCCUUAUGCCGGCAGGAAAACGCCGGUCUCGUAAUCCGAUAUCAUGUCACCACCCCUGGAGAGCCUGACGACCUUUUCCGUCAACUGCUGCAAAUUUCCGCCUACCACGUUGACGUGAGGCCACUCUCAAGUGGUCGCAGCGGCACCGUGUCCGGGGAGAUCGCUAUACACGCCGGAGUGUCGUGCCCUCCGACGUCGUCUGUCAAGCUCAUCUCGCGGCUGACGGCCACUCAAUAUCGUCUAACCGACUCGGGAGCAACCUUCUUCGACAAGGGGACAAGCACUGGUGUACUGUAACCGAUGUAGCUCUAUUAUCCCCGACACUGGAAGAUCCCAGAGAUAGACCCUCCUCCUACGAGCUUCGGCGCCUCCACCUCCACCCAAUCCUCCGUAGGGCUACUCCUGAAUGCCUUCUUCGGCUGACUGAGGCGGAAUCCUCCUCCUCCGGAUAGGACCGUGCUCGAUGCGUUUCACUGAGCGUUCGCUGCGACUAUCGAGAACAGCGGCGCCUUGCUAUUGCUGAACGGCGUUGCCGACGGACCGGUUUCGAACGCGAGGACGAGCCAGUUUGCCUCCGUCUCGGUGACAUUUCGUCGGACGGCACCGACCGGCGCCGCCUUCGUGAAGUGGCGCAGGACGGAGUAACGCUUCGUGAGGCUCACUCCGUAAAACCCGGUCGUACUGUAAUCGGGGUCGUAAUAGAUGAUGCCGUCGUCCCAGCCAUCUGACUGUACGGAGUUGACGCAGGAUGAGUUGCUGGAAGGCGUGCAGGACCCGUAGCCGCUUGAAAGGGCCGUCCACCAAUCCCAAUGUUCGUCUUCCGCGUAAGUAAAGGAUUGAUAGAUUAAAUUCGCCAUCCUUAGGGCGCUGACCAUCGUUGGGUCAUAUUGCUCUCCCCACCCGACGACCGCAAGCGGGUCCUCCGCCUGACUGCUGUCAACCUCCUUGUAACAGCAGAUUUCCGUGAACCACGUCGGCGUGCCGCCGCUCAGGUUACGCCCAAGGCUAGCCAUAGUCUCCUGGGUGGGCCCACUUGCGAAUCCGUACUGAUGGUGUGCAAUACCACCAAGGACCUCGCCCACCGACGACGAAAUCCAGAUCGGUGCAUCACUGUUGAAGGUGCCGGUCGAAGAAGACUCAUCCGCGAUGACUUUGGUAGAGAGA